CGUUGGUUUGCGUGCAGCCAGCAGCAACAGCCUGAAGGGUGAAGAAGAAUUUUAUCCUGAUCAACAACUCUAAAGGGUUAAUAACCCAGCAGAACCCGAGUGGCUUAAUUCCACCAUGAUUCAUUUGUUAUGCCCCUUCCCAGGAUGCGACCCACAACAUCUGAUUACUCCCAGAUACAUAUUAUAUACUAACAUAGCCAGCAGGUUCUAGGACACCUAUCCUCAUCUCCCGUCUCGCCUAGAAUUCUACCCUAGGUACUUUUGCUGUGAGCCGAACUAGCUAACAACCGCUUGUGCCCUCCUACCCCGUGCCUUAUCUUCCUGUUAUCACGAGGAAUACAUGUUAUCAUGUUAUCUUGCUUACAGGUACACCUCGUCCUGGUACAGAGGCUCCAGAGGUGCCUCCAUGCCAUUCUCGCCCCUACCAGCGGUGACCUGAAGGCCGCUAGAGUCUGCUGACUACCGAUAAACAAUAAGAUAACGGAUGGUUUUUACCUUUAUCUUAUAACCAGUGUAGUGGAUGAGUGGUAUAUGUGGUGAGCCGGGGAACUAGUUGGUGUACCAGGUGGUGGGAGGCGCUAGUAGUGCCUUGGUACCUCAAACAGGUGGUUAUCCGACGUACACACCCUAGUGUCAGCCAGCAUCUGUUGUCUCUCAGACGACCCCAACACCAGGUCUUAACGACCCAUAACCAACCCCGGGUCCUAACCACCCUAACAUUACGUCCUAACGACCCUACCACCAGCACCAGGAUUAUAUAAACAAACUAUACGCAAUCUGGAAAGAUAGUGUUGAAAAAAUUGCAGUGUUAUACCAGUAGAACCCCUCACUGAGGACCUCUGACCACUACUACUGCUACUACUACUACUGCUACUACUACUACUGCUACUACUGCUGCUGCUACUGACUCUCACAAUAGAAUUAUGCUCAGAUAUAUCGUACUGGCUACGUUGGUGGGCAGCGCCUGCGCGGCCACUCUCACCCUGGAUCAAGAGCUUUAUGUCGUGGCUGGCAUCCUGGGAGGUGUGUGUCUGCUGCUCACCAUAGCUGCUAUCUACAACACCGUCACCAUUAUCAG